AUGAACAUUACUGGUGAUAUGCAACAUCAACAUGAUCAAUCUUUUAUAAAUAAUAAUAAUAAUAAUAAUAGCGGAGAUAAUAAUAAUAAUAAUAAUAACAAUAAUAAUAUAGUUGGAACACCUAUAACCACAAAUAACACUACUGGUGGCAGUAGUGUUAGUAAUAAUAGUAAUGGUGGGGGUAAUGCAACAGAGGAGAAACCCAAACCUUCUUACAAUAUGCCAUUAUCGAUUGAACAACAAAUUCAGAACCAAAUGAUGCAAUCACAACAAUAUCAACAGGCUCAACAACAACACCAAGCUCAACAACAAGCUCAGCAACAUGCACAACAACAACAACAAUUACAACAACAACAACAACAACAACAACAACAACAACAACAACAACAACAACAACAACAACAACAACAACAUCAACAACAACAUCAACAACAACAAUUACAACAACAACAACAACAACACCAUCAUCAACAACAACAAAAUAUAAAUACACCACCAAUGAAUAUAAAUUCACCGAAUAUAAAUAAAUCUGCGCCACAACAACAGCAACAACAAUAUCAUCUACUUUUACAACAACAGCAACAACAACAACAACUAUUACAGCAACAACAACAACAGCAACAACUUCAACAACAGCAACUUCAACAACAACAACUUCAACAACAACAAGCUCAACUUCAACAACAACAAGCUCAACAACAACAAGCUCAACAACAACAACAACAACAACAACAAGCUCAACAAGCUCAACAACAACAACAACAACAACAACAACAACAACAACAACAACAUCAACAAACAAAUAUGAUGCAACAACAACAACAACAACAAGUUCCUACAAAAAACCAACAUGUUGAAGUCUAUGUUGUAAGUGUUUUUCAUUAUUUUUAUUAUUACCAAAGGUAUUUAGAUAAUUUACAAACCAAUGGAACAGAUAUCUCAGAACCUAAUUAUCAAAGUUGUAUAAAUUUUUUAAAGAACCCACAGCCAUUUUCUUCUUUAAAUCAGCAAGAGUUGGAUCUCUAUAAUAAAAUCCUUCGACAACAUAAUAUUUUAGUGCAAAGAAAAUUGGCAAUGGUACAACAACAGCAGCAACAACAACAACAACAACAACAACAACAACAACAACCGCAACAACAACAACAUCAACCACAAACACAACAGCAACAACAACAACAACAACAACAACAACAAUCACCACAACAACAACCACAACAAUUUUUACAACCACAACAACAAUACCAUCAACAUCAUCAACAACAUCAACAACAUCAACAUCAACAACAACCUCAACAACAACAACCCCAAAUCCAACAACAACAGCAACAAGCAGCAUACGAGGCUCAAUUGAAACAGCAACAAAUGAAGCAUCAACAACAGCAACAUUUACAACAUCAACAAAAUAUGAAUGUAACCUCACCAAAUAUGACAUCACCCAACAUUCCAUCUACACAACAAUUGAUGCAACAACAAUUACUUUUACAACAACAACAACAGCAACAGCAACAGCAACAACAGCAACAGCAACAGCAACAGCAACAGCAACAGCAACAGCAACAACAACAACAACAACACCAACAACAACAUCAACAUCAACAAAACCAACAAUUCCAACAACCACAACAUCAACAUUUUAAUCAAAACCAAAACCAAAACCAAAACCAAAACCAAAACCAAAACCAAAACCAAAACCAAAACCAAAACCAAAACCAAAACCAAAACCAAAAUCAAAAUCAAAACCAAAAUCAAAAUCAGCAACAAAUGAAAGCGCAACAACCACAACCAAUUCAACAAAAAUUAUUAGCUCCACCAGCAUUUUUUUUUACACAAGAACAACUUGAUGUUAUUAGAGCUCAGGUUUAUGCGUAUAAAUGCUUCAUGCAAAGAAAACCCAUUACGGAGGAGUAUUAUGGAAUCUUGCAAUUGGCUCAUCCUUCAACAUUUAUAAAUCAAUCUUCACCGUCUGUUGUACAAAUGAAUACAAAUAAUAGUAAUGUUAAUAAUAAUAAUAACAAUAAUAGUAAUAGUAAUAUGAAUAAUAAUAAUAUGAAUAGUAAUAAUAAUAGUAAUAUGAAUAAUAAUAUGAAUAAUAAUAAUGGUGUGAAUAACAUGAAUAAUAAUAUGAAUAAUAAUAAUACCAAUAAUAAUAGUAAUAAUAAUAAUAUGAAUCAUAAUAAUAUGAAUAAUAAUAAUGGUAUGAAUAAUAAUAUGAAUAAUAAUAAUAAUAAUAAUAAUAAUAUGAAUAAUAAUACAAAUAGCAAUAUUAAUAGUAAUAACAAUAGUGGUAAUAGCACCAAUAAUAGUGCCAAUAUCAGUAAUAAUAACGGAAAUAUUGGAAAUAACAAUAUUAAUAAUAUUAGUUAUAACAAUAACAAUAGCAAUAACAAUAGCAAUAACAAUAACAAUAGCAAUAACAAUAGCAAUAACAAUAACAAUAGCAGUGGCAAUAGCAAUAGCAAUAGUAAUAACAAUAGCAAUAGCAAUAACAAUAACAACAAUAAUAACAACAACAACAAUAGUAAUACUAGUGGUAAUAAUAAUAAUAAUAAUAAUAAUAAUAACAAUAUUUAUAACAACAUUGCAUCAUUAAAUCAACAAUACCAAAUGAUGCAACAACAAUUACAACAAAUACAGGCACCACCAGGACAGACACUAAACCAACAACAGUUAAUACAACAGCAAAUGUUACAUCAAAAACUAUUACAACAACAAAGAUUGAUUCAACACCAACAAUCUCAGUUGUUACAACAACCACAAGCUCAACAAACAUACCAACAAACUCAACCACAAACUCAACAAACACAACAAACUCAACCACAAACUCAACAAACAUACCAACAACCACAAGCUCAACAAACAUACCAACAAACUCAACAAGCUCAACAAACACAACAAACUCAACCACAAACUCAACAACAAACUCAACCACAACCACAAUCCCAAGUGCAACCAGAGCAGCAGCAACAACAAACCCAAGCCCAACAACCCCAACCACAACAAAUCCAACAACCACAACACCAACAAUCACAACAACAAUCAGAAAAUUUACAACAACAACAACCAGAACACUUACAACAACAACAACAACAACAACAAGAACACUUACAACAACCAGAAAAUUUACAACCCCAACCCCAACAACAAUCCCAACAACAACCAGAACAAGUACAGUCAUCAGAGCAAACACAAAGCAUGCAAGCACAACAACAACCAGAACAAAAUCAACCCCAACAACAAUCAGAGCAAAUAACUCAACAACAACAAUCCCAACAAGAUCCUCAACAAAUAAAUCAACAACCAAAUGCUGUACCAAGUUUAGUAACUACACCAACAUCAAUAAAUACACCAGCAGCACUUGUAUCAACUGUUGUUAUUCCAACACAAGUAAUAGCAGUGUCGUCAGUAUCAACUACAACACCUACCAAUGGCGGUGUUAUAGCAACACCUACCAAUGGUGGUAUUAUAGCAACACAACCGAUGGUAGUUUCACAAAUACAACCAACACAACAACAACAACAACAACAAAUUAUAAAUCAAACACCAGUUGUAGAACCAGAGCCACCAUCAAUUCCAAUUGAUCCAUUAAAAAGUUUGCCAAUGGAAACAUUGAUACCUAAACCAAUGGAUAUUGAAUUCAUGUUGGAAUGUAAAAGAAAUUUGGUUAGUCAAUUGAUAUCGGAUAAACUUGAAUAUCUCUAUGAGUCCAUUCCAACAUUAGAGGAUGGUACUAUUGAGAAACUUCAAGAGACCAUUCAAUAUAAACAAUUGUCAUUGUUGGAAUAUCAAAAACAAUUAAGAAGGGAGGUAUUGGAUGCAGAGAUUAGUAAAUCCAAAUUAAAGAAAUCUAAAGAUCUCAAACAAAAACUUGAUCAACAACAAUCCAAUGAGGAAAAGAAUAGAUUCAAAGAUUUCUUGGGUCAAAUUCUUAAUCAUAGUAAAGAGUUUAAAGAGUAUCAUGCAAACAAAAUGACAAAGAUUAAAAAGAUGACAAAACGUGUCACCGCUUAUUUCAUCCUACAAGAAAAGAAAGAACAACAACAAAGAGAGAGAGAAGAGCGUGAACGUCUUCGUGCACUCAAAACCAAUGAUGAAAGUAAAUACCUUAAACUCUUGGAACAAACUAAAAAUCAACGUCUACGUGAAUUGUUUGAUCAAACCAAUGAAUUUUUAGAUAAAAUCUCUCAUCUUCUUCAAAAGGAAAAGAUUUCAAUUCAAGAGAAAGAAGAGAAUGAAGAGGCAAUCAGAAGACAACAAGAUCAAUUACUUUUACAACAAAAAGAAAAAGAAGGUGAAGAAGAUGCUAAACAAUCUGAAAAAAUUAGUAUCAUGAAUAUAACAAAUGAUGUUGAUAUCGAUACUGAUGGUAAUACAACAAAUAGAGAUCUUUCAAAUAAUUCAAAAUCACCUUUAGUUCGUUCUUCAAAUCCAAUUUCAAAUUUAUUAAAUGGUAAAGAUGAUGAUGAUGAUGAUGAUAAUGAUGAUAAUAAUCAAAUGUUAGAUGAUAAUAAUAAUAAUAAUAAUAGUAAUUAUAAUAAUAAUAAUAAUAAUAAUAAUAAUAAUAAUAAUAAUAAUAAUAAUAAUAAUAAUAAUAAUAAUAAUAAUAAUAAUAAUAAUAAUAAUGAUAAUGGUAAUAAACCUAAAGUUAGUAUCAAUAAUCAAGGUGGUUAUGGUGAUGAUGAAGAUGAUAUAGGUUUAAAUGAUAAUAAAGAUGAUGAAAAAAUAACAAACGAUAAUACCACGACUACUACCUCUGCAUCAUCCAAUACUGAUGUUAUAAUGAAAAAUGAUUCUGGUCAACAUACAGAUAAAAAUUCAAAAGAAAUUCAAGAAAAGAAAGAUAAUGAUAAUAAAGAUCAAUCAAAAGCAACAACUAUUGAUGGUGAUGAUAAUUCAUCAAAUAUAAAAGUUGAUGAUAAAUCAAUAUCUACCACAACAACAGAAACAUCAACAGCACCACCACCACCACCACCACCACCAACAACAACAACAACAACUACAACAACAACAACUUCAACAGCAACAGGUCAAACAAAUCCAACAUAUGUUUCAAAAGCACAUUCAUAUUAUUCAAAAGCACAUUCAAUUCAAGAAGAUAUUAUUGAACAACCAGCAUUAUUAGAAGGUGGUAAAUUAAAACCAUAUCAAAUGCAAGGACUUCAAUGGAUGGUUUCAUUGUAUAACAAUAAAUUGAAUGGUAUUUUAGCGGAUGAAAUGGGUCUUGGUAAAACGAUUCAAACCAUUGCUUUGGUAUCCUAUUUGAUAGAGGUAAAAAAGAAUAAUGGACCCUUUUUAGUUGUGGUACCAUUGUCAACACUUUCCAAUUGGGGACAAGAGUUUUCAAAAUGGGCACCAAAGGUUAAACGUGUUUUAUACUAUGGUGAUAAACCUGCUAGAAAAUCAAAGUUUGAAGAGUUUAUAGCACCAGGUCAAUUCAAUGCCGUUGUAACAACCUAUGAAUAUAUCAUCAAGGAUAAGAAUGCAUUAAGUAAGAUUAAAUGGAAUUAUCUAAUCGUUGAUGAGGGUCAUAGAAUGAAAAACUACACUAGUAAACUAUCGAUUAUUUUGGGUACCUCUUAUUCAAGUCGUUAUAGAUUACUAUUGACUGGUACACCACUUCAAAAUAGUUUACCAGAGCUUUGGGCUUUGUUAAACUUUUUACUACCAACCAUUUUCGAUUGUGUUGAAGAUUUCGAACAAUGGUUUAAUGCUCCAUUCGCUCAAACUGGUGAAAAGAUUGAAAUGAAUGAAGAGGAACAACUUUUAAUCAUUCAACGUCUUCAUAAGGUUUUAAGACCUUUUCUCUUAAGAAGAUUAAAGAAAGAGGUAGAAGCUCAGUUACCAGAUAAAGUUGAGAAAGUAUUGAAAUGUGAUAUGUCGGCUUUUCAAGCGAAAAUGUACGAUCUCAUUAAAACAAAGGGUGUUUCAAAACUUGCAAGUUCUGGUGGUGCCGAUGGUAAUCCAAAAUUAGCAAAAGGUCUAAAGAAUACCUAUGUUCAAUUAAGAAAGAUUUGCAAUCAUCCUUACCUUUUCUAUGAUGACGAGUAUAAUAUCGAUGAUAAUCUAAUUAGAUAUGCAGGUAAGUUUGAUUUGUUGGAUCGUCUAUUACCAAAGUUAAAAGCUGCUGGACAUAGAGUUUUAAUAUUUUCACAAAUGACUCAAUUGAUCAAUAUUUUGGAGGUGUUUUUCGCUUAUAAAGAUUACAAAUUCCUUCGUUUAGAUGGUUCAACAAAAUCCGACGAAAGAGGUCAUCUCUUAGAGUUAUUCAAUGCUCCAAACUCUGAGUAUUUCAUUUUCGUACUUUCAACUAGAGCAGGUGGUUUAGGUUUAAAUUUACAAACUGCCGAUACUGUUAUCAUUUUCGAUUCAGAUUGGAAUCCACAAAUGGAUCUUCAAGCACAAGAUCGUGCACAUCGUAUUGGUCAAAAACAAACUGUACGUGUACUUCGUUUGGUCACUGCUCAUUCCGUUGAGGAGAGUAUUUUAGCAAGAGCAAACUUUAAGAAAGAAUUGGAUAAAAAGAUCAUUCAAGCUGGUCAAUUCAAUAAUAAAUCAAAUCGUUCCGAUAGAAAGAAAAUGUUGGAGGAUUUAAUGACUCAAGAUGAAACCGCUGAAAUGGAGAAACAAACAGUACCCACCGAUUCUCAAAUCAAUGAAAUGAUUGCUCGUUCUCCUGAAGAGUUUGAAUUGUAUGAAAAUAUGGAUAAAGAGAGAAUGGAAAUCGAUCAAAAGAAAUGGGAUGAAGCAGGUAAAAAAGGUGAGGCUAAAAGAUUAAGUCAAGAGGAUGAAAUACCAAGUUGGAUCACUAAAGAGGUCGAAUUGGGUGAUGAUUUAAGUUUUGUACUCAAUCAAUCAAUCAAACCUGGUUCAAGUAAGAAAUCUUUAGAUCUUGAAAAUGAAUUACAAAUUCGUAAAAUUUUGGAAAGUGGUAAAAUUAAAAGAAAAACUGCAAAUAAUAAUGCUAUGAUUUCAGAAUUCUUUGAUGAUGAUGACGAUGGAUCCUCCUCUUCUUCUUCUGAUUCAGACUCUGAUUUCGAAUCUAAACCAACUCCAAAACGUACUACAACUUCAGAUAAACCAAAAUCUUCCAAAGAAUCAAAUAAUCGUAAAGAGAAAAAGAAUACAAAAGAAAAAUUAAAAGAUAAGGAUACAAAUGGUUUAGAUGAUGAUGAUGACGAUAAUAAUAGUAAUAAUAAUAAUAAUAAUGAUGAUUAUGAUAAUAAUAAUGUUUCGGUUGUUGCAACAACUCCAUCUCGUACUAAUAAGAGAAAAGAAUUGGAAAGUAAUUAUUCAGAUGAAGAGGAUGACGAUGAUGACGCAGAUGAAGAAGAUGAAGAAGAUGAAGAUUUCCAACGUCCUGUAAGAUCUAAAAAGAGAGCAAAGGUUGCUGCCUCAAAGAAACCUUCUGCUUCAAGUAAGAAACAGGAAAAAGAAAAGAAAGCCAAUAGUAAUGGUGGUGGUGGUGGUGGUGGCGGUGGUGAUGAUUCAUCAAACUCUAAUCCAUCAACACCAUUAACACCAUCAUCUUCAUCAUCAUCAUCUAUUACUGCUCAACCACCUUUACCAUCACCAUCACCAGUAAAGAAAGCAGGUAGAGGUAGACCAGCAGGUACAAUGAAAAAGAAGAUCUCUGAGAAUGAACAAAAGUAUCUCCAAAUUUGGGAUGCAAUUAGAGCCGAUCAAGAUGAAGAAGGUAGAAAGAGAAGUGAUAUCUUUGUCAAAUUACCAAGUAAAAGAGAUUAUCCAGAUUAUUAUAUAACCAUUAAAGAACCAAUCGAUAUGAAAACUAUAAAAGAAAGAAUUGUGGGUGCCAAGUUUUCAAAUCCAUUAUCUUUUGCUGCCAGUGUCAAUUCAAUGUUUUAUAAUGCUCAAAUUUAUAAUCAAUCAGGUUCAGAAGUAUUUGAAGAUGCUGUCUAUUUACAAAAUCUUUUCACUGAACUUUUCAAUAAACUCUUCCCAAAUAAUCAAUUACCGAAACCAGAACCACCAUUAUCUCCAACUUCAUUAGCAAUUCAACAAGCUACUGUUAAAGAUCAAAUCGUAAAAGAUCAACUUGAUAUUUCUGAACAUCAAGAUAAAAGUAAUAGUGCUGAUCAAUCAUCUACCACAUCAACUAUUGAACAAUCUCAGCCAACUAUAACUCAACAAUCACCUCAACAACAACCACAACAACAACCACAACCACAACAACAACAACAACAACAACAACAACAACAACAACAACAACAACAAAAACCACAACAACAACAAGCAAUCCAAAGCCCAAAUGUAGAUAAAAAUAACUCAACCACAACUACUACUUCAACUAAACUUUUAAAUAAUUCGAAAGGAAACCAUAACAAUAAUAGCUUAUCCCCACCUGCUUCACCAUGUAACCUUUCUCAAAAUAACAACAUUAGCAAUAAUAAUAAUAAUAUUAAUAAUAACAAUAAUAAUAUUAACAACAAUAAUGAAAACCAUCAACAAUCUCAAAACCCUAAUCAAACUCCACAAAAAUCUAAAUCAUCAUCGUCAAAAUCAAGUAAGGGUGGAGAUAGAGAUAGAGACAGGGAUAGAGACAGGGAUAGAGAAAGACAAAAGGAAAGUAAAGAGGGUAGAGAGAGAGACAGAGAGAGAAGUAGAGAUCAAAAAGAACAUCAUAGUAGAGAAUCAAAUAGAAGCGAUCACCAUCACCAUAACAGUAAUAAUAAUAACAAUAAUAGUAACAUUAAUAUUAAUAAUAAUAAUAAUAAUAUGAAUAAUAAUAAUAAUAAUAUGAUUAAUAAUAAUAAUAAUAAUAAUAAUAUGAAUAAUAUGAAUAAUAUGAACAAUAAUAAUAAUAAUAAUAAUAGUAAUAACAAUAAUAAUAAUAAUAAUAAUAAUAAUAUGAAUAAUAAUAAUAAUAAUAAUAUGAAUAAUAAUAAUAAUAAUAAUAAUAAUAAUAGCAACAACAAUAAUACCAACAAUAAUAAUCAAAGAGAUCACAGUGGCAAAGAUCAUCACAGAGAACACAAAGAGCAUAGAUCUAGUAAUCACAAAGAGCACAGAGAGCGUCACAGAGAAAAUAGAGAACAUAGAGGUGAUAGAGAAAACAGAGAAAAUAGAGAAAACAGAGAAAAUAGAGAACAUAGAGAACAUAGAGAUAAUAGACCAAACAGAGACAAUAGAGAGUUUAGGGAUUAUAGUUCAAAUAGUAGUGGUAAUAAUAACAAUAACAAUAUGAUAAGUAAUUUUAACAACAUUAACAACAAUAACAAUAGCAAUACAAACCUCAAUAAUAUCAAUAAUGGUGGCGGUAAAAGAUAUGAUCCAAUGUCACUAUCAAACCUCACUAAUGAUGAUGAACCAAAUCCACAACCAACUUUUGUAACAAGACCCCAACAACAACCUCAACAACAACAACCUCAACAACAACAACAACCUCAACAACAACAACAACCUCAACAACAACAACAACAACCUCAACAACAACAACAACAACAACAACAACAACAACAACAACAACAACAACAACAACAACAACAACAACCUCAACUACAACAACUUCAUCAUAAAAGCAACCAUAAUAACUAUAACAAUAAUAAUUAUAAUAGUAACCAUAAUAACAAUAAUCAAUACCAACAUCAUUCCUAUCAACAACAGCAACACCAACAACGACAUCAACCAAACAAAAAACAAAGAUUUAAUCCUCUUGAUGAUGAUGAUCCUUCCGAUAGUUCUUUUGGUGAAUUGGAUGAAGAUGAAAGAGAUGAAGAUUAUGAUAAUUAA